AUGGCUAGGCUCGUGUGGGUGGUCUCUCUCCUCGCCACCUUGGCCCUCUCGGCCGCCACCGCCUCCUCCUCUCCGCCUCCGGCGUCAUCGAUGAACUGUGAUGAUGUCGUCAUGGACAUGAUGGAAUGCUUGCCAUACGUGUGCGUGGGGAGCAAGCAGAGGUGGCCUGACAAAGAGUGCUGUGAAGGUGUGUCGAGUGUCGUGAAGAUAAGCCCGACAUGUCUCUGUGCUGCCCUUCAGGAAGCAAUCCAAAUGGGGAUUGUUCUUGACAUGAAACGGGCUGUCGGUCUACCGGCAGCUUGUUCGAUCAAAGACUCAGUAGGAGAUUGUGGUGGUACGUACUUACCUAUGUUUCAUGAUCAAAGUUUAUCUGCGACUUCCUGA